AUGCUACCAAAAGCUUCACAACCAGGUCGGAGAGGAAAAGCUGUUCCGCCGCCACCACGAGCAGCGGAACGAAGUGGGGAUACCGCCUUGAGGAGCAGAAAGCGACCUGCGGUUGAAAGUGUACACGUGGAAGAUGUUGGGGAAAGCAGCACGGAGGGACAGCCUUCACCUAAACGCAUUCGAACUGUGGAUGGUGCGAGAUGGCAAAAUCAAAGUCAGUGGGGAAGUGAACCCAAGGCUCGCAGUGGACCAGCGAGAGUGGAGGAGAAGCCGGAGGAGAAAGUAGAGCCGAAGGCUUUGGACCCUUUCCUUAACUCGUUCUUUCGAAAGCCGGCGGCGGGACGAAGCCCGGCGAGCAGUAUAUCGCCUCAACCCGCGGUUACAAAAACAGUGGAACCGUCUCAAACAGGAGCAGAAGAGGAUGACUCCGACGAGGAUGAGGAGUGGGAAGAAUUGGGGACUGUCGAAGGGUCUCAGCUUCCUGUAAACCUUCCAGUUCCAGCGGUCGAGACGGCAGCGGUCGUUUCGCCCGCGGCCCCGACGGGUGGCUUCGAGAUCUUGGUACCGCGAAAUCUCGAACAGGAAGCUAAAGCAGCGGCGCUCGCGAAAAAGGCAGCAACGCGCGGUAUACGCAAAGCCGACCGAAUCCGACGCAUGCUGGCACAUCGCAUGCAUUUGCUAUGCUUGUUGACGUGUGGGGUGCUGAGGAACAGAUGGUGCGACGACAAGGAGUUGCAGGCCGUGACUGUGUCUAUCAUUCCUGAUGACAUCUACAAGGGCCUGAUAGCCGGGCCAACCGCUUCAUCUCGAUCUCGGAAAGGGAAGCAGACACCGAAAAAGCAAUUGCCCUAUUACCUCGGCUUGCUUGCGGGCUGGUGGAAAGGGCAGAUUGAGGUCAGAGACUCGCCGGAUCUCAAGCUGACGGGAUCAAAAAUGUUGACGGAGAAGUUUUCCGAAUAUCUGGAAAAGAAGAUGGAGGGUGACGAUGGCUACUUACCUGGAGAGGUGUCUGCGUUGCUUUUCACGUCGGCAUGUCGAGGUUUGGGCAUGAAGGCCAGGCUGGUAUACUCUUUGCACCCCAUUCCUCUCUCGCUGGCAACGAAAGCAACGAAAUUGUCACCGAAGAAAGCAGAGAUUCAACGCGGUGGACGGAGCGCUCCCGUAUCAGACAAUGACAGCGACGAAGUGGAGGCCACCGUGAUAAGACCUGGCAGAUUCACCGGCAGGCAACGGAGGGAACCGAAUGCCACAACUGCUAUGAGUGUCCCAUAUCCUUUGGAAUGCUGGUGCGAAGUUUACUCGGAGCAGGACGGAGACUGGAUACCGGUGGAUCCUGUACGCGGGGUCGUGAACAACACAGCUGCUAUGGAACCACCUGUAUCUGCACCGAUGCAGUUGCAGAUCACAUAUGUGGUUGCAUUCGAGUCAGGAUUCGGCGUCAAAGACGUAACACAACGCUACACCUCUCAAUGGGGCGCACGUACGAUGCGGCUAAGGCUGCCUCCUGGCCCAGAGGGCGAAGAUUGGUGGAAGCGGUCACUAUGGUUCUUCUCGAAUUCUGGCAGAAGCCGGGAUGACGAACGGGAAGAUACUCAAUUGAAGAAGGCAGUGGUGCAGGAAAAGAUGCCCCAGAGUUUGGCAGGUUUCAAGGAUCAUCCAAUAUAUGCGUUGGAAAGGCAUCUCAAGAAAUAUGAAGUGAUCCAUCCCCACGGGGUCGAACAUUCCAUUGGCAGGUUCAAAAACGACCACGUCUAUCCCCGUAGUCUGGUGAAAGAGCUCCGAACUCCCGAGAACUGGAUCAAGCUCGGCCUGCGGAUAAAGGACGGCGAAGAGCCGUUCAAACACGUCAAAGCCAACGCAGUAACCAUCAACCGACGCCGCCAGAUCGAGCUCGAGAAGUUGGACGAGCCAAGGGGACGGGAGGAGCGCGGCUUUGCGGGUGACUCCUCUAUGACGGCGCUCUACGGCGAAUGGCAGACGGCGGAGUAUGUUGCCCCGCCGCUCGUGGACGGAGUCAUUCCCAAGAACUCGUUUGGGAAUAUCGAGGUGUUUCACCCGCGGAUGAUUCCGCCGGGUUGUGUUCAUUUACCUUUGCCCGGCGUAAAUGUCCUUGCCAGGAAGCUCGGCAUUGAACAUGCCGUCGCAGUGACAGGGUUUGAGUUCCAUCGCGGCAAAUCAACACCAGUCAAAAACGGCGUAGUCGUAGAUGCAGAAUUUGAAGACGUGCUUACAGCGGCUUACGAAGAGAACCAACAGCGUCUUCGCGAACAGGAACUAAAGAAACGCGAGAAGAGGGUAUAUGGGCAUUGGAGGAAGUUGAUUAUCAGUCUGUUGAGCAAGGACAGGCUGUUCAAGGAAUACAUGAAGGAUGGAGAGGAGGAAGUGGAGGGUGUUGAGGAAGAGGAGGAAAAGAUGGAUAUUGAUGGCGGUGAGAGUGAAGCGGAUGUUGAAUUCGAGGAUAACGACGGAAUGGAAAUGGAUGGUUAUGAGAACUCGGCUCGACCAGGGAGCGGAGAUGGAGGAGGUUUCAUGAAUGCAGAUGAGGAUGAUGAUAAUGUCGGCCACAACUUCGGUGGAGGCGGGUUCUUCAAUGAGGAUGAAGAUUACGAUGCCGCUCCCAGUAUGGGCGGCGGAGGCUUCAUCCCCGAUGACGAAGGAGGAAACACGGCAGUUGGCGCCAAUCAGUCAGAUUUCAUUGCCGGAGGAUUUUUGGCAGAUGAUCAAGACUGA